ACGCCCAUGAGUGUAUCACCCCGCCCAUGAAAUCGUAACAAUAUGCAUUCAGUGUUUGGCUGUGGCUGCUAAUGUUAUGUUAUUUUUGCGUCGACUGGAAACAAGAUAAGCCUAAUCAUUUUCGAGUUUGUACUGGGGAGAGUACCAUUGCACAAUAAUAAUAAUUGUUGAAAUGAGCGCGUGCAAAAUGCAAAAGUUUUACAAAUUGGACAUCAAUCGCACGGAAUGGGAAGUCCCAGAAAUCUAUCAGGAAUUGCAGCCGGUGGGCUCUGGUGCAUACGGGCAGGUGUGCAAGGCGAGGAUCCGUGGCACCAACAUGGAUGUCGCCAUCAAGAAACUGUCGCGUCCCUUCCAAUCAACGGUGCACGCGAAGCGCGCGUACCGGGAGCUGAUGCUAUUGAAGCAUAUGGAUCACGAGAAUGUUAUCGGCUUGUUGGACAUCUUUCAUCCGCAUCCGCCGGACGCGACAUUGGCAGACUUUCAGCACGUCUACCUGGUGACUCACCUGAUGGGCGCGGACUUGAACAACAUUAUCAAAAUGCAGAACCUGUCCGACGAUCAUGUCCAGUUUCUGGUCUACCAAAUACUGCGUGGUCUUAAGUACAUACACAGCGCUGGCGUUAUCCAUCGGGAUCUGAAGCCGUGCAACAUUGCGGUGAACGAGGACUGCGAGCUGCGUAUUCUGGACUUUGGUCUGGCGCGUCCAACUGAGUUCGAGAUGACCGGCUAUGUGGCCACGCGCUGGUACCGUGCUCCGGAAAUCAUGCUCAACUGGAUGCAUUACAGCCAAACCGUCGACAUUUGGUCCGUCGGCUGUAUUAUGGCCGAGCUGAUCACGCGGCGCACACUCUUUCCGGGCACAGAUCACAUACACCAGCUGAAUCUGAUCAUGGAAAUGCUGGGCACACCGCCGAAUGAUUUCAUGCAGAAGAUCUCCUCCGAUAACGCACGGCAUUAUAUAGAUUCAUUGCCGCCGAUGAAACGCAAAGACUUCAAGGUUGUUUUUAAAGAUGCCAAUCCAUUGGCGAUUGAUUUGCUGGAGAAGAUGCUGGAGUUGGACGCGGAUAAACGCAUCACGGCCGAGGAGGCACUUGCUCAUCCAUAUAUGCAGAAGUACGCGGAGCCAAGUGAUGAGAGCACCUCGCCCUUGUAUGAUCAGAGUUUUGAGGACAUGAACUUGACAUUGGAAAAGUGGAAGGAGCUCGUCUACAAGGAGGUCCUCAAUUUUAAGCCGCCUGCGUCCUUUGCCGAAGUCUUGGAAAGCAAUAAAUGAAGCCGGACAAUGCGACAACAACUACAAAGUAUUAGUUACAAAAAUAAUUAAGUUUAACGUCUUUUGAAAGCUAACAAAGAACUUGUUAAAAAAUUGCCUUAUUUACUUAUAUGUGAUUCAUAUUAUUGUUGUGAAAUAUUUGUAUUGUAUUUUUAUACUGUUUAUGCUGU